AUGGCUCCACCAGCAAGAAGAAACAAAUAUGAAGCCAGUUUCAAACUUAAAGUUGUAAACUUUGCCAUGGAACAUAAUAACUGCGCUGCUGCAAGACAAUAUGGAGUAACAGAAAAGAUGGUUCGGUACUGGAAAGCAAAUGAAAAAGCACUAAAGAGUAUGCCAAGGGGUAAGUGUGCAUUAAGAAGAGGCACCCCACAUUGGCCUGAACUCGAAAAACAUGUAGCAGACAUGGUGAAUGAGAAUCGCCAAAACGGUUAUGUGGUGACACGAAGUCAAAUACGUUUGUUUGCACUUCAGUGGGCCAAAUCUAACCCGGAUCACAGCAACAGAUUUAAGGCCACUGUAUCCUGGUGUACUAGAUUCAUGGAAAAGCAUAAUAUGGUACUGAGGCAAAAGACGAAAAUUGCCCAAAAAUUACCUGCAGAUCUUGAUAACAAACUAAUUAGUUUCCAUCGAUACGUAAUACAACAGCGCACUAAACAUGGCUAUGCGUUAAGUAGUAUUGGAAAUAUGGAUGAAACUCCAAUGAAUUUUGAUAUGGUUGGAAAUAAAACUGUCCAUCAAAAAGGUGAAAAAACAAUUUUAAUUAAAACUACAGGACAUGAGAAGUCCAGUUUUACAGUGGUACUAGGAUGCACAGCUGAUGGCGCCAAACUGAGACCAAUGAUUAUUUUUAAAAGAAAAACAAUGCCGAAACUCAAGUUCUCUGUUGGUUGUUUUGUACAUGUGAAUGAAAAAGGCUGGAUGGAUGAAGAAGGGGUAAAGCUAUGGCUUGAUAAUGUAUGGAGCAGGCGACCAGGUGGACUUAUUCAAAAACGUAGUCUACUGGUGUGGGAUAUGUUCAGGGCUCAUUUAACUCCCAGGCUUGCAAGACUAAACACAGAUGGGGCAGUUAUUCCUGCAGGAUUGACAUCAUUGGUACAGCCACUGGAUGUGUGCCUAAACAAGCCAUUUAAAGAUCGCAUUCGAGAACAGUGGAAUGAAUGGAUGGUUAGCGGCGAAAAGUCAUUCACAAAAGGAGGAAAUAUGCGUGCUCCACAGUUGGAUGUUUUGUGCAAGUUUGUCAUAAAAGCCUGGAAUGAUAUUGAUGCAGAAAAAGUAAUCAAGUCUUUCAAGAAGUGUGGCAUAUCAAAUUCAUUAGAUGGUAUGGAGGACGACUACUUGUGGCAAAAUGAAGAGGAAGCCGAAGCUGAGACCACACCAUUUGAUACGGAAUUCGAUCCAUACGAUGACUGCCUUACAAAUGUAUCACAAGAUGUCAUUGAUGUACUUAUGAUAUCAGAUGAUGAACAGGAGGAUUUUGAAGGCUUUUAA